AUGCUCCAAGCCUUAAUCUCUAUAACCAGCCCUUGUUAUAGUGGCAGAUUGACUUCAGGCAGUAUCGAACAGGCUGGCAACAACGAGCCACAGGGUGCUAACACGUCCUACGACCAUGGCAAGACGUUUCAACAGAAGCCUCGGCAUGCAAUCCGGCACGUGUCUCGGCAUCACGGCGGCCCUGACACGCCCAGCGGCUCCAUUCUGUAUGGCGCCCCGAGUACCGACCGUACCAGCGACUGCGCCAGGCUUACUCGAGACGCAGGUCGGGAGGGUGGACGGCGUCCGGAAACAUUCAGUCCAUUUGAAGCGGCACCCGCACAAGAGCUGGAUCACGAUGAUGAGGACUUGGAGCAGACGACUUCAUUCACACAUUACAUCGUGUAG